CAAAAGGCGUGCCGCUUUUUGGUUGGAACGCAUACAGAGGACAAUGUCAAACCAAGUCUACUCAUCUAAGUCGUUACUGGACGCAAUUGGCUCAGAGGCGAGGAAAAGCGCCGACAGAAAAGCAAGCGAACCUACCGAAGAAAUCGAAAACGACGGUGGCUCAUUCUUGUUAGCAAACACAUUUGCCCACGUUCCGAAACCUGAGCAAGAGGGAAAUAACUCAAACGAGGUCUCUAAAGAACCAUUGAAGGAUAAUGAAACCAAAGGCAAGGAUAUCGGAAAAGAGGAUAUUGUAGGGAAAGGCAAACUAACCGGAUCCGAUGUGGAGUCUGUAACGAGUGGCAUCGUCAUGAACACAAGUGAGGAGAAAGACCGGACCAAAGAAAGUAAGACAAUUCAGUUGUUACCACUUCUCAAUCCAUCCAACCUCCUUUCCUCACACGAUCUCUUACUUAGUGCAUUUUACGAAGAGCACAAGUAUGAACUCGUGGAACAGCGGAAACUUACAAUGCGUGUAAUAACGUGGAACUUGAAUCAAAUGAAACCACCAAGUCUCAGCUCGUUAGCCGGCAAAAGCGGACGAGAAUGGGCUGCAUUUUUCUAUGCUGGAGAUGCAACAGUUAACGAAUACAACAAGGAAGGAUUGGCAGAUAUAUAUGCGAUUAAUUUCCAAGAGACAAUAUCCUUGAAAUCUUUCACGAAGUCCAACGGAGUGAUAGAUGAAUGGGUAACUUUUCUACUGGCAGUUUUGAAUGCUAUUUCUUCAGACUCCUACUCGCUUGUUCACAAAACAGGUCUUUUGGGUUUAACCUCUAUCCUCAUUGCUAAAAGCAAUCUCACAGCCGAUAAUUCCGACGAUACUGACGGCCACAUACAUGAUAUCAGAGAAAAUACAUUGGGGCUAGGAUAUUUGAGGUGGGCAAACAAAGGAUGUAUUUCUUUACGAUUUAGAGUCGGAGGCUUGAGCUUAGGAGUGGGUGAGUACAAAAGUCGGUUCAUUGCUGCUACCGAUGAUGCGUCCUAUACAUACAAGUUCAGCGAGCUGGAUGAAACUGCUGGGAAGAUUCCGGGAUUAGAGAUUCAAGUCUUAAAUGUACAUCUUGUGCAUGGAGAGGACAGCUCACAAAUUCAACAAAGGUGGGAUUCGUGGGCUAAGAUUGAGAGUAAGAUAGGAUUAGACGAUAGAACUGUCAAAUUGGCCCUGGAUUCAAGCAAAAUGGAAGUUAAAGACGCUGCACAGAAAAGAGUGGAGAUGAAAUUGCAGCAGAAAUUGCACAAGGAAAGUAAUUUGGAUGCUGAUAAUUAUGAACACCGAAUGGACAAAGAAAUGAAGGCUUUGAAUUUGAACAAUGACGCGAUAAGGACGUCAUCUGUGCCUAUUACUUUUUCAGCUACUGAACUCAAAAAGUUUGAUGGGAUCUUCAGUUCUGUAGAUAUUAAAAAUCUCAAAUAUGUUACUGAAGCCCAAAAGGCUCUCGUGGUAUGUGGAGAUACCAAUUAUAGACUUUCUCUACCUACAGAAGCCACUUCAAAUUUGCAAAAAGUCAUACACGAGCUCAUCAAAAAUGGACGGUGGAACGAUCUGAUACAACACGACCAGCUUUCGAGAGAAAUUAGUCUGAAAAAGAUUUUUGUUGGUUUCAAAGAGCCAGAAAUCCAUUUUGCACCAACUUUCAAAGUUAAAAAUGAUUGCAUCGGCAAUUGGAUAAUUACUCCUCCAUCAUCCUCUUCAUCUUCAUCUCCAGAAUUGGUUGUGAAACCUAAUACUAGUACUAGUAAGCUCAAGAGAAGACCAGUUCCAGUUCCAGCCUCCCCAUCAGGUGAUUCGGCUCCAUCUGUCGAGCCAAUUCCAUUCUAUGUUCCGCUUUACGAUACCAAAAGACUGCCGGCUUAUACUGAUCGUAUCCUUUAUGUUCCACGCCCUUAUUUUAACGUUAUAGAAGGAACAUAUACUUCCACAGGUAAUAGCGGUUCAGAUCAUUUGCCAGUGGCGUCAACCUAUGAAUUUGAAGCACCUUUGAUUGAUUACAACAAACUACAUGUUCUAAGAGGAAAAUUUACAGAAGCGUGGGAUGCAGUCAUUAAUCAAAUGAAAUUUAUAGAGGUGAACAAUAAAGUCACCAUUAACCAUUCAAUGGAAAGUAUGAAAGCUCAGUACAACUGGCAGACACUGGCACCUUGUAUUUCUGAAACGGUAUCAACUGAUGGUGGUAAUGUUGCAUUUUCCGCUAUUGUUGGUGAAACUAUAUAUAUUAUCAUCAAUAUCGAAAAUGUUGUGGAUGAGUCUUUCAAUAUCUAUGUCAAAGAGCAGACCAGCGGAGGUUGGUUCGGUACUAAGAUUGGUGUUAAUUGCCAACAAGUACAAAGUUACAACAAAACAGAAUUUCCAUUAAGAAAUUUUUCACCAUCAUGUAAUAUUGAAUCUCAUUCUAAAGGUGAAAUUAUUUUUUCUUUGGUUCCGACAAAUUCUGGUUUACUGGAAAGAAUGUUUGUCACAGAAAUUCCAGAAUACUCUCUUUGCCCUGCGUAUAGAAAAUUCAUCGCACUAACUAUUAAUGUUGAAGAUAUAUUCGGGAUAUCUUUUGAAAACAUUACACCUCAACAAUUUGAAAAUUUAACUCGAUGCUUUGACUUUGUGUGUAGCGAGCCUAUUAAAGGGCUGCUUGAACGUAUGGAAGAUCUAGGGUCAAGUGGAGAUCUUAAUUCAGCAGAUUGGGAGUUAGUGAGAGAGAUCUCACUUUGGAAGUUCUCCCCAGAAAAAUAUAAACAACAAAAUAUUGAUGGCGUUGAAGCCGUGAAAAGGAGAGAACCUGAAAAAUUUAACUUAGGUUCGAAAACUGUUAUGUCUGUCAUAUACAUUUGGCUCAAGUCUCAAAGCUCUAGUUUCAAUACUGACUCUCCUAGAGGUAAAGUCAUAUUUGGUAAAGUUAUCAAACUAGUAAAGCAUUUGAAGCUAGAUGCAGAGGAUGGAUAUUCUUGGUUUGGGUGGCUAUUUGGCAAUGAGUACGAACUAGGAGAUUAUCUAGAGCGUGACUUUGAUGUCAAGGUACAGUUAUAAUUUCGACAGACCCUCAAGUCUGUCAUGCAUAUAGAGAAAUAUUUAUAGAUUACAUGCCUCAAAAAAAGUUACUACGGUGAAACGUAUGCACCAUUGUGAAAUGAUUUCACGAAAGUGU